AUGGAGAUUGGCUGCGAAUAUCUGCUUCACCUCCAUAGUCCAUUCUCAGACCCCACAACCAUUGGAAAUAGGAUCCUGGGGUUGUCAGUUAUGCUUCUAAUGCUGGUGGCAUCCUCGAUGAAAGUGGUCAACACUAUAUUUGCCCUUAAUGUUGGAGAUUAUGUAGCUUCUCAAGCUGUGCAUUCCCUUCAUGUUGGAAAGUAUGUUGUUUUUGGACAUAUUUGCCCUUACCCCUGCUUCUUAGUUGUUCUUGAAGUGGGCAAUUUUAACCUGCAGGUGGAAUCAGCAAAAACUUCACCACUUUUUGGCUUGAUUUCAAGUGCUCUUGAAGCAAAAAAAUCCUCUCAACUUCGCAGAAAUAUAUCUAGCAGGUGCAUUAAGGAAGUAAAUAAUCUUCAGCGGAAAUUCCAAGUUUCUUGAAAGUUGUCUAUUGCUUUAAUUCAUAAAGUGAAGAUCUGGUUUUGGAUAGUGUAAAAGGAGCAUUGUACAAACUCGAAUGCCCAUAUCUUGAUAUAAAAGAAACUCCUUUUGUUUCUCUGCGAUUAAUUUGUGGUUAUGAAUUUGGGUACAAACUGGAUGAGUGCGCCUAGGUCAAGCACCCUAUUUUUGAAAGGGUUGGGUGAAUUCCUUGAUGUUGAAAGCAAGAAUAAUGCAAAUUCUAGUGGAGAUAUUAAGUGCCCAUGUGUCAAGUGUGCGAAUAACGUGUGGUUAACACGUGACACAUUAACCGAGCACAUAGUCUGUAAUGGCAUUAUGAACGGAUACGAUGCAUUGAUUGCUCAAUCCACCUCACAGGUUCAUCUUUUCUUUAUUUCCAUAUUAAAUGCAGCUUUAACAAUCACAAAAGUAUCUCUUAUUUGCUACACAAGUUUCUCAAGUGCCUUAAAAGGCUAACUUUAAUGGUAAGCAAUGAAAAGAAAAUAACCAGUAAAAAGAAAUUCAGCGGACACCGAUCCACUCGCGGAGGAAAGAGGUUUGUUAAGGCUGGUGGGUGUGCGUAACAUGUUAUCUCACCCAAAGUUGCCACCUCACUAGCCAUGUCAAAAUGGUGUUAUAACACAAAUUGGAGGAAAUGGACAACAUGUUAUAAUAUAAAAUGGGGAUGGUGUUUCCAUGUUAUAACAUGGUGCUAAGAGGAGAGACAGCGAUAAAUAUGUGCAACCAAUGAAAGGAAAGAAAGACUUCCGUUAAAAUAUGUUAUCACGAUAACAUCUUCUAACAUAACACCAAAUAACAUGAGAUGGGGCGGUGUUCCUCAUGUUAUAACGCCGUUAUUUGAUGCCACAUAGACAUAACGCCUCUCCCCCGUUACCCACUCCGUGCACUCUAAGGUUUGCGUGUUAGAGCAUAGGGGUACGAACAAAAUAUCACUAGCCAAGAAUCUAACUGCUUCACAUGUAAUCUAGGCUUAUUUUAGUGUUUGAUAUUUUUUUAAUAAUUUUUUUCAACAACUAUUUUAUCAUUCAAUAAUUACUUCUUAUCAUAUAAUUUUUUGAUAGUUAAUAUUCAACGUACAGGGUCCCUCCUGACCCUCCCAUCCCCCCUCCCCCCGUCAACGUCACUGACCAUGGUUUAUAAAAAAUGACAACGUAUCUAUUGAUUUCUUGGUUUAUAUGAUUUUUCAUGCAACAACUAUACACUUUUUUUCCACUAUAUCAACAUUUUAAUCAAAAUUACAAAGAUUCACAAAAAAUCAUUUUUUUAAAUUCACACGUGAAUGAUCAACUUUUCUUUUGCAAAACAUGUACAAGGCAUUUGAAUGAAU